AACUCCGCAAGACAACUAGGAACAGCUGUUGAAUGGCCCGUUUCAGAGUCGACACUGGUGUGAGCAGAGACCGUGAAUUCAUCGUGACAUAUAGUCGGUUUGUACUGAAACAAGGCCAUUACACUGAAGAAGAAAGAAAACUCUAUAUUGGAAAUUAUAGGAAUUUGUUUUAAACCAAUCGGGUUCCAAUUUUGCAGUUGCUCUAUCUUUGCGUAACUUCCUUGUCCAAAGAUAUCGACGUGAUCGCGGCGGAUUAAACAAGGCGAGGCAAUAUGCAGGACCCUAAUGCUGACACAGAGUGGAAUGACAUCCUGAGGAAAAAGGGAAUCCUUCCUCCAAAGGAAAAGCCCAGGGAGGAAGAAGAAGAGGAGGAAGAUCAAAUAAUACAGCAAGCAUCUGUAGUAAAAUCUUAUGAAGAUAUGACUUUAGAAGAGUUAGAAGAGAAUGAAGAUGAAUUUAAUGAAGAGGAUGAGCGGGCAGUUGAGAUGUACAGACAACAACGAAUAGCUGAGUGGAAAGCUUCUCAGAUUAAAAAUGUGUUUGGAGAAGUUGGCGAAAUAUCUGGCCAGGAAUAUGUACAAGAAGUAAAUAAAGCUGGCAAGGGUAUAUGGGUUAUUCUGCAUCUUUACAAACAGGGCAUUCCCUUGUGUGCCUUGAUAAACCAGCAUUUCAGCACCCUAGCAAGGAAAUUUCCACAAACAAAAUUCCUGAAGGCAAUUUCUACCACUUGUAUAGCAAACUAUCCAGACAAAAACCUCCCUACUGUAUUUGUAUACUUUGAAGGUGAUAUGAAAGCACAGUUCAUUGGGCCUCUUGUCUUUGGAGGCAUGAAUUUAAAAGUUGAUGAGCUGGAGUGGAAGCUUGCAGAAUCAGGAGCAAUUAAAACGGAUUUGGAAGAAAACCCAAAGAAACAGAUUGAAGAUAAGCUCAUGACAUCCAUCAGGUGCACAAUGCCUGUGACAAACAACAGUGACUCUGAGGAAGAUUACUAGCACACUACAUUUUCCAUCGUGUGUCUGUAUGGACGAUCUUGCAAUGGACUGUUUUUCAUUCUUUGUUUUCAGUGAUAUUAAAUGUUGCUCACAUGAGUAUUUUUUAAUGGAAUUCUCUUCUUUUUGAAAGGUUUUGUUUUGUUUUGUUUUAUUCUUAAGUAAAUCGUAUAAAAAUGUGUCAGUAACACACGAGGCAGAGAAGAAAAUUAUUUAACUCUUAGACUGAGCAGCUCUUUACAUUUUAAGUAUUACAAAAACUGUCUUUGGAGAAGAUUUGUUGAGACAUGAUCUAAAUGAAAAAAUAAAAAUUU